AUGGAUCCGGAAUCAAUGGAUAUAUUUGCAGAAGAAGAUACCUCCGUUGAGGAAUUCGACAUCGAUUUUGAAUUCGACGCCCCUCGGUUCUAUGAUUUCUCAAAACCAGAGCUCGAUUCAGAAACAGAGGAAACAGAGCUCUGGUUUGAAUUAGCUGGAAAUUAUCCUCCUUCGCCAUUUAGCCUUGAUUUGAGCUGUAGAUUCGAGGACAAACAUCUCAAGAUCACCAAACCCAUCUCAGAAAAAUACAACGGGUUCGCAUAUUACGACCAAUCUGCUAAAGAUAUUCCCAAGGCCACACAAAAGUCUAAAGCCAAACCCUUUUUAAGAAAAAACUCAACUUUGACGAAACCCACUGCUUCUUUGUUAGCAAGACAGAACAAACCUCUUGACAUCUACUCUGUUCAACUUCUCACAAGAUGUCAGAGAUCAUUAGGGAAGUUCGAUGAUAAGCUCUUAUUCUCUAUGCCUCACAUUCAAGAUACCAAGAGACAAAAACUUGAAUCCGGCUUCUUGCGCAAGGUGUCGCGGCUGGACCAAACUCCUUUUGUACAUAAGAUUCCAAGAAAGGGAUCCAAAGUCACUGUUCCAAAGGAACCUAACCUCAAGACUGCCCAAAGGGCUGCAGGACACCGGUUUAAGGCUAAUUCAGCACCCGAGCAGAUAGCGAAAUUCAGCUCUACGAUGAAUAAAAAGAUUCAAGAAAGUUCUUCAACACCUUUGCCUAGAAGGAUUACGCAUCGCUCUCAAGAUUUUCAGGCAUUUCAUCUGAGGACAUCUCCUAGAGCGAGGGAACGCUCUUUCAGUGUAAGUCUAAAAACUCGUUACACAAAACCGUCUGUUGAUCUCUCAUCUCUCCAGCUACAUACAGUGAUGCUUCUCAUAUUGCAGGCUAGAACUGCACCCACUGAUGAUCCUACACUCUCUUUAACAUCAAAGUCCGUUAGUUCCACAAAAGGUAGGAAAGUCAAGGAAUCUCGCAGCUCAAGGACAAGCUGUCAAGUUUAUGAACCUAAGAUUUGCCCUCUAUACUCAAAGACUUCAAGCGAAUGUGGUGAAGCAAUCGACAUCAAAUAUGAAAACGUUUUUCCGAGGAUAAGUCGCUCAUAUUGCAGAGAUUUUUCUAGACAUAUAUCGUGCUUGUACAACUUAGACAGGACUAUGAAGAAGAACUCUGAAACCUUCAAUGGGAAAAAUAUCCUCCAUGUUAACAGGACAUUCAACAGGAAGUACCCAAUUGCUUCUAAAGAUACACAUUUGUCAGAAAGCACAUGUAUAUUAGAAUAG